CCGGUGCAGGAGUGUUGGAGACCAGGGGUGGCGAGUAUGAAAGUUAUACUCCUGGGGACGCGUGCUGUACAUCGGGAAGAGGAGACUCAACGCUGGCAGUCUCGCAAAGUGUUGGAGACCGGGGGUAGCGAGUGUGAACGUCAUACUUCGGAGGGUGCGUCCGUGGACACUGACAGCGAGAGUGCAGGAGCUCCGGGGGAAACGCAUGCUCUACAACGGGAAGAGGAGACUCGAGCGCUGGUGAUCGGGACGUCCGAAGAGGUUCUGCAUAGUCAGUCGGCUGUGGCCACGACGCGAGAGGGUGUCGUAAAGGGAGGUCAGUGGACGUUCGUGCAAGCUCCCGUUCUUGGCGACGAUGAAGACGAAGAAGAACCCACGGUGGAAGAUCGGGUUCAUGGCGAUGAGAAAGGCGGAGAACCCGUGGUGGAAGGCGGUGAGGUGACGGUCGGCAUCCAGACGGAUCCGCAAUGGAAAGAUGGUGAUUCUUCGACCACCCGUUGCGGUGAAGAACAGGGUGGUCGAGCGUCUGUCCUAAGCACCACUCGGGGAAUGGUGCUUCAUGAAGCCAUAGAGUUGGAUGACGACUCGGGUGCCACCGAGCUGGUUAGCGACCCAAGCGUGACUAAGAUGCAGAACGUCGAAUCCUCCGUGGAAGGCGGUGAGGUGGCCGUCAGCAUCAAGAUGGAUCCAGAGCGGAAAGAUCAUGAUUGUCCGUCCACCCGUUGCGGUGCAGAACAGGGUGAUCGAGCAUUUGUCCUCAGUACCGGUCGGGAAAUUGUGCUUCAUGAAGCCAUCGACUUGCCAAGCAACUCAGCUGCCACCGAGCUGGUUAGCGACACAGCCGUGGCCGAGGUGCAGAACCUCAAAUCGUCUGUGGACGUUGGUGCAGUGGCGCGACAGGAGGGCGAGUUCCCUGAAAGGGCUCCCGACCACGGUGUGAGGUUGUCAAUGUCCCUGCCCAUGAAGCCUUUAAAAGCCGUGCGCAAGAAAUGUCUUUCAGGGAGGUCAUUGGCCACUUUACCGAAGAAGUCGUUAAGUGUAGGAUUGCUUAAAAGGGUCCAGAUGCCUCGCCUUUCCCGAAGAGCUGUCAGGGUUCUGAAGGCUUGUGGAAUAGAUAAGGAGGAAGGUUUGCGGAAACAUUUGGCUGCGUCUAUUGAAAGCGUUACUGCGUUGUCUUAUGGGUCUGAUGACGAUGCCAAACGAGGUAUCUUGAAAGACCCGUGUCCUAAGGACAUCGCCAAGGACACAUUCAAAUGCCGGGGAUACAACUUUUCUGGGAAAACGGCAGACGGUUCUUAACCAUUUCGCCCCGGUGAUUUUGAUCACUCCUCACACUUGUUCGUGGGUAUUUGUGCAGUUGGGGCUACAUCAUGUUUUCGCGUUUCGUUGCCUACUUAGGAGCUUAGCGCUACGGACUUGAGAAUGU